AUGUACAUGAUCCUGGCAACUCUGCGCAUUCUCCAAGCGAAUCUGUCGCAAAUGUUACGAUCCGGCCUGGCCAAGACACUGGAAUGUAUGCGCGUAGCAAUUCUUCAAGUUCGUGACGUGUUACUAUCGCUAGUUGACCUCAAAAGUCGACGGAAUGUUUGUCACAUUCUUGAAAAUUCACCAAAUGAAGGCGAACAUGUCGGUAGAAUUGCGGAAGACGCUGUGGCCACAUUGAUGCAGGGAUUUGAGCUCUUCUUCCCGUGUCAAUGUCUUCAGCGUCAGUUCUGUAUGCACACGAUGCACGAGCUCGCAAGAGACAACCCGGGAACAUUCUUACCGAAGUCGAAAUCGCUGCUACUUGAGCCGCUUUUAAGGAGACUGACGGAAGAUUCGCUUAUUGUCCGAACGUCGAUAAUAACUGAAGUGUAUCAAGUUCUUCUCGAACGUAUCGCUGCCGAUUUCUCAAGACGGCACGUUAAGAGCGUUCUUUAA